AUUGAUUGUUUUAUUUUAUCGCGGAUGCGGUUUUAUCAGUUUAUCAAAUCGCGUGUAAUAGUUUUGCAUAAUUUAAUAAACAAUAUUGUUCAACAAUUCUAUGCACAUUAACCAUCGAAAUGAGUGCGCCAAACGUUUCGCGCUCAUCGUCCACCAAGCCAACCCUGAAGCCUUCCAAGACAUUGCUGUGCUUCAAGAAAGACAAUAUCAGCCAGUGUCGGUUGUGCCUGCGAGUCGUUCCCAAAGUCGACACCGAGGAAACCACCUCCAGUGACCGGUCGCACCAGCGGCUCAAAAUCCUGGACUCCGUCGGAGUACGCAUCACCAAUGAUUGCCAGGUAAAGUCCGUAUGCGUCAAUUGCUUACUAUUGGUGGACAUCAUCUACAACUUCCGUUUGUCCUGCCGGAGGGCGAACUCUAUCCUUGAGUCGCGAUUGGUCAUGAUGCAUCCCGGCCAAUGGUUGAGCAACGAGAAUAGGCAAACGCUGGUGAGCUGCCUUCGGUUGGUAGAACGAAAUCGGGCCGAAGUGGAUGGGUUGUUCAACUAUACUGGCUUUGAACGGGAAAAGGUUCGUCAGUUUGCGGAACCCAACAAAACGAUGCUAGAAGUUGAGAAAGAAAAAACGCCGAAUCCUGGUCCAUAUUCUAUCGAAACAGUUUUUGUUAGUGAUGGCAUGUAUGUUGAGAUUAAGGAAGAAGAAGCCAGCGACAGUGAUGAGUCGGAACAAACGGACGAAGUUGUGACAAGCGUUGAUCUGCCAGUAGCACAAGUAGGAGAUGAGGAUCGCAUCCUUGGCGGCAGGAACUUCAGGGAUUAUAUGUGUGAACUGUGUGGUAAAACGAUGCAAAGCUCGUUCGCCGAAUCGCAUCACAAUAGGCACCACUUGAAUACUAGUCCGCAUGAAUGCAUAUAUCCUGGAUGCAGGAAAAGAUUCCCGUCAAAGAUUUACAUGCAUAUGCAUUUCAAUAAAUACCAUACUAAGGAAUCGGUGGUUCCGCAAUUUGAGUGUUCAGUUUGCUCCAAAAAAAUAAAGGGAAAGCUACACUAUGAACACCAUCUGAAGAUUCAUGACACAAAACCCCAUCCAUUGAAGCAGCCAUGCCAAGUUUGUGGGAAAUACUUUUACAAGCGAUAUCUAAAGGAUCACAUGUUCGUUCAUACGGGAGAGCUUCCUUACUGUUGUGAGUUUUGCGAUCGAAAGUUUGCUGCGAGAACCAAUUUGAUGCAGCAUCGAAGAAAAUAUCAUGCCGAUCUGGUGCAACAGUUAGAGAAUAAUUCGUCAAAUACUGAUGUUCGUUAAUUUACGGACUAUGUAUUCUAAAUCUAUAGCUGCAAGUUAAGUACAACAUUUUUGCAUAUCGCGAAUGGUGUGUCGAGGUUAAGAAUUGUAAUUGUUGAUUAGCUUAGUAAAAACGGUAAAACGUAAACU